CCCCAAAAUAUGAAAGCUCCAAUUUACGUCUAUUAUCAACUUGAUAACUAUUACCAGAACCACAGAAGGUAUGUUAAAAGCAGAAGUGAUAAACAACUUUUACAUGGACUAAAGUACAAUGAUACAAGUUCUUGUAACCCCGAAGGCGAAAAUAAUGGUCUCCCAAUUGUUCCUUGUGGUUUGAUUGCGUGGAGCUUGUUUAAUGACACAUACUCCUUUUUCCGUGGAAUAGAUGCUCUAAAAGUCAACAGGAAAAAUAUUGCUUGGAGGAGUGAUCGUGAACACAAAUUUGGGAAGCAUGUUUAUCCAUCCAAUUUCCAGAGUGGGUCUUUAAUUGGUGGUGCAACAUUGGACCCUAAAGUUCCUCUAAGUGAUCAGGAGGAUCUCAUUGUAUGGAUGCGUACUGCCGCUCUCCCUAAUUUCCGUAAAUUAUAUGGAAGAAUUGAAGAGGACUUAAAUGAAGAUGAUUUAAUUAUGGUGAAGCUUGCAAACAACUACAACACCUACAGUUUUGGUGGAAGGAAGAAACUUGUUCUUUCAACAACCAGCUGGAUUGGUGGCCGGAAUAACUUCCUUGGAAUGUCCUACAUUGCUGUCGGCUCUUCAUUUAUCUUCCUCGCUUUUGUCUUCUUAUUACUUCAUGUGAAAAAUCCAAGGCCUUAUGGGGAUACAAAUUUAUCUUGGAACUGGAAGGGCAUGUCAAACUAGAAGGUAUUACUACUUCUAAAUUACAAAUUCCUCUUUGAAAAGCUUGGCCUUACUAAGUGAAGUUCUUAUAAUGAGAACAGUAGAACAUCUGUUAAGAGGAUGCAUUGUGUUCAUGAAGGCUAUGAUUGGGUGUUGAAAUCAUAAACCCAAAUAAUUUGGUACCAUUUCAGUAAUUUGUGCUGGCAUGCUAAGACCUAUAUGUAUCUUCAAAAUUUGCUUGAGUAGUUUGUUGUUGAAAUGCUUUGGGAAAAUGACACUGUAUAGCCAUUCUCAAAAUAAUAGUCAAAAAAAUAUAUAAUUUUUGUAUA